CAUGUUCGGUUAAACCUUCAAAAUGGCUGCCACUGAAGUUGAUGAGCUGUCCAGUGAAACAGAAAAGAUAAAUCUGUCUUCUGACCAUGCUGGAAAUGUAUCUAAACCAGAGACGCCAUCUGAACCAACAUCCUUAUUGGAACAGCUUAAGCUACUUCCAGAAGCCCCAAGUCUGAGCAAAGAGCCUAUUGUUCUACAGCUGAGGGAGUUGAACCCCUACAUCACCUGUGCAUUAUGUGGAGGUUACCUGUAUGAAGCAUCCACCAUUACAGAGUGCAUGCACACUUUUUGCAAGACCUGCAUUGUCCGUUACACAGAGAGGAACUUAACAUGUCCAACUUGUGAUGCACCUAUUCAUCCCACUGACCCUUUUGUACACAUCAGACAUGACAGUACCUUACAAGACAUAGUUUACAGACUUUUACCAAAAGUAGCUGAAGUGGAACAAAAAAGAGAGAUAGAAUUUUAUGAAAAACAUGAACAAGAGACUGGAGAGGUGAUCCUUCCAAAACUUCAGUUGCCUCCCUCCCCUCCAAGAACCCCACCCCCUAGAACAGACCAGCCCCCUCUCCCUAGUGAGUACGUACGUAAAAAGAAGAAAGACCCACUGCUGGGAAACUUCAAGCCCUUAUUUGUCUCCCUAGUUCUAACUCAGAUCAGUGAGCAUGAAGAUUUGGAUGAUGAGUUUGAACUUGAGAAGCAAUUUGUCAGGGUCACCAAAAGGGCCACAUUAGGGAACGUCAUAAGCUUCAUACAAAAGAAACUACAUCUAGGGAAAGUUUAUGAUGUUGAUAUUUUUCAUCCUGAGGAAAUUGGUUGUUUGGAGUCCAUUGAUACAGAAACCACCCUGGAGAGUAUUAGAGACACUUAUUAUGAAGGUCAGGACUGUUUAAUAGAAUUACACUACAGGGUGUGUCCAAAAGAAGAAGAGAUGCUUGAACAAGAAGACAUAACAUAGAACUACUUGCAGAUUACCAUUUUGUUGUUGUUGUUUUUGUUAGAUUGUACCAAAUAAAGAAAUGAU